GGACAGUGAAACGAAAUUUCUUUCGUAUUGGUCUAGUCUACAUUAUAAUACGUAAUUAUAAACAAAUUAUUUCCUUAAAUGGUAAUUAAAUAGGUCUAGGUUAUUUUAAACGUUGACGUAGACAUUCUGUUUCCGUUUCUAUUUAUUUCCUAUUUAAGUUUGCGUUAUCAAGGUUUCAAUGUAGAUCAAUGUAGAUGAAAACACGCAUUUAUAAACAGUAAAUAAUACUUUUUCAUAAAAUUGUUUAAUUCAGAUGCUAACAAUUCGUUACAUAUUUUACUAAUGCUCUUUCUAUAAUAGGAAGAUAAAAUUUUAAAUGCAGAUCACACCCGGAAGUUAACAACGACAACGUCAAUCGUUAAAGAAACUUUUUUUUUAUGUAGCGAAAAUACGUCAGUCAAACAAAUGGUGUGAACGUAAAAUCUAUCCUUCCCAUCUUUUCUGCUACAUAUUUACACAGUACCAUACGGCCACAUCCCGUGUGAUCACAGAAAUGCCUUUUACAAUAAUUUACUGAAGUUUCCAUCGAUCGCGUUAUCGGGACGUCUUGUACACAAAUCAACUUGUCUAACAUGUUUUCGCGUAAAAUUCAUUGAACGUCCUUGUGAGGGGUAAACGUAAUUUGUCUCGGAGUGACUUGGGGCGUCGUCAUCAUGAAUUUCGAGGAUAGCGCGAGUAGUGGCUAUGUCACGGCGGAGACGAUAUACGGGACACACGAGGAUUCACACGUCGUGAUGUCGGAGAAGGUCCAGACCCUGGCCGGUAGCAUAUACCAGGAGUUUGAGCGCAUGAUAGCGAGGUACGACGAGGAUGUGGUAAAAACGCUGAUGCCGUUACUGGUGAACGUCCUGGAGUGUCUGGACUCGGCGUACCAGACGAAUCAGGAGCAUGAGGUGGAGUUGGAGCUGCUGAGAGAGGACAACGAGCAGUUGGUUACACAGUACGAGCGCGAGAAGGCGGCCAGGAAGCACUCUGAGCAGAAGUUGCUAGAAGCCGAGGACCACUACGAGGGCGAACGCAAAGAGCUCACCGGGCGACUAGAAGCGUUGGACAGCAUUGUGCGCAUGCUGGAGCUCAAGCACAAGAAUUCGCUCGACCACGCCAGCAGGCUGGAGGAACGGGAGAAUGAACUCAAGAAGGAAUACGCAAAACUGCACGAGCGUUACACCGAGCUGUUCAAGACGCAUAUGGACUACAUGGAGCGGACCAAGUUGCUGCUUAGCACCGCCAGCGAGCGCAGCGAGGUCCGCGGCCGGCUCGGCCUCAACCCCGUCGGCAGGUCCAGUGGUCCCAUAUCGUUUGGCUUCGCGUCGCUAGAAGGCUCCGUGCACAUAGUGGAACAAACCGAGAGCAUCCCGGGCAGCCCCGUCAGCCUGUCGUCGUCACCACCGUCGCCGACCAUCGGCUCCGAGCUGGCCGCCGUGCGGACCGUAGAGAGGGCCCACCAGACCGACCCCGUCACGCAACAGAGCCAGGCGACGUCACCAGUUGCUCCGAACCAGUCGUCCGUCAGCAAAUCGCAGACCAAGAGCGAGAAGCGAAGCGGCAACACGCUGUAUCAAGAGCUGUCCUUCCACGACACCGACGCUAGCAUCGCGGAGGGCGACGACGGGGCUGACAUAACGGGAAGCUGGGUGCACCCUGGCGAAUAUGCUUCCUCCGUUAACGACAACUACUUCGGAAUGGGCAAAGAAGUGGAGAACCUAAUCUUGGAGAACAACGAAUUGCUCGCUACAAAGAACGCGCUGAACGUAGUCAAGGACGAUCUCAUAGUGAAAGUAGAUGAGCUGACCGGCGAACAGGAGAUCCUCAGGGAGGAAGUGGCGAACCUCAGCGCGGCGAGAGAGAAGCUCAGGGAGAGAGUCACCCAGCUGGAGGAGGAGUUAAGACAUUUGAAGGAGACGGUCAGCAACAGCGCAGGCGGCGAAAAUGAAGACGAAGCCGACGUGCCCAUGUCGCAGCGGAGGCGGUUCACCCGCGUCGAGAUGGCCAGGGUGCUCAUGGAGAGGAACCAGUACAAGGAACGUUUCAUGGAGCUGCAAGACGCCGUCCGCUGGACGGAGAUGGUGCGCGCGAGCCGCGUGGACUCCACCAUGGACAAGAAGAAUAAGCAGAGCAUAUGGAAGUUUUUUAGUAACCUGUUCAGCGGGACGGAACGGCCCGCGCGGCCUCUAUCCACGCCGCACCUCCGUGCGGUUGCCGCGCCGCAGUCCGGCAUGCGUCACUCCCGCACCCAGGCUGACUUCCUUGAGACGCAGCUCACCGACCACCACCACCGGCGGCACGAGCGCAGCGAGCAGUUCCGCCAGGUACGAGCUCACGUGCGCAAAGAGGACGGCCGAACGCAGGCGUACGGUUGGAGUCUCCCGGGCAAGACGGGGCAGGGCCAGAAGGGGCCAAGCCCGUGCGCGUCCCUUUCCUCUGGCGGCGUUCCAGUGCCCGUGCCGGUGUUCUGCAGGCCGAUAGCAGAAAGCGAGCCUCGUAUGACUCUACUAUGUGCUGCGGGAGUGAACCUGAAUGGCGGGCGUACCCCUGAUGGUGGCUGCAUGAUUGGAGAAAGCGUAUUCUACGCCAAAGAGGAUGACAAAGACAACACGCUGUGUCUUGCGGAAGAAAUGAGCAAAGCGUCUUUGCACUCGCCCGAAGUGGAACAGAUCAACCGGCAACUGCAGUCAACGCACAGCCUCGAGCACUCUGAGAAGAACCUGUCUUCCUUCGUGUGGAUAUGUGCCAGCACGCAGAACAAAGGCGUUGUCAUGAUCAUUGACGCCAACAACCCCGCGGAAGUCCUAGAAUCCUUCCCUCUAGGAGACAAACACAUACUGUGUGUGGCCUCCGUACCGGGCGCCGUCGCGGACGACUACACCGAGUACGAGGAGCGCAUGAGCGAGGGCGAACAGAAGCGGCACUCUUCACUAUUCUGUGCUGGCAAGAGCGAGUCGCAGGACAGCCAGAGCAACGGGCCGGUCGGCGAGAACGGCGAGAAGGAGGUCGUCGUCGGUGCUACUAGACUGGUGCAAGCAACACUCCUGACGCCUCCAACGACGCCCGUCGCCGAACCGGAGCCGGCGCCCUCCGGGCCGCCCAAAGAGUCCGCCGUCAAAAACGUUGAGGAGCCAGAUACUGGUGCGCCGGACAGUCCGCCGCUCAGCUCUACGCCUGUUCACAAUGGUAACAUACUCAAUGAACACCUAGGCUCCCCCGAGCCGGGCGUAGACGCGUUCGCCCAAGAGCAGUCCAACGCGGAGAGCCGCGCGGACGUGCCCGACCGCAAGAUGUCCACCGUCAUGGCCACCAUGUGGCUCGGCACCAAGAGCGGCCACCUGUACGUGCACUCGGCCAUGGGCAACUACAGCAAGUGCCUCGCCAGGGUAAAACUAAACGACGCCAUCCUAUCCAUAGUAGCGUGUGCGUCGCGCUGUAUGGUAGCCCUGGCGGACGGCACAGUGGCCAUAUUUAUGCGACAAGCAGAUGGACAAUGGGACUUCACGCAAUACUGGCUCAUGACACUUGGCGACCCCAAGUGUUCAGUACGCUGUCUAAGUGCCGUAGGGUGCACGGUGUGGUGCGGGUACCGCAACAAGGUGCACGUGAUCGAGCCGCGCUCCCGGCAGGCGCUGCACUCGCUCGACGCGCACCCGCGCCAGGAGAGCCAGGUGCGGCAGAUGGCCGCGGACGGGGACGGCGUGUGGGUGUCAAUAAAAAUGGACUCGACUCUGCGCUUGUACCACGCCCAUACCUACCAACACCUGAAGGAUGUGGACAUCGAACCAUACGUUAGCAAAAUGCUGGGCACCGGCAAACUAGGUUUCUCUCUGGUCCGUAUCACGGCGCUGCUCAUCAGCUCAGGGCGGCUGUGGAUCGGCACCAGCAACGGCGUGGUCAUAUCCGUGCCGCUGUCGGAGGGCAGCCGCGAGCUCGCGCCGGCCGCCGGCCCCUUACCGGGCCACGCAUCCCUAGUACGAGCCCGCUCCACAUCCCCCACCGGCGCCAUCCCCUGGUGCUCCAUGGCGCACGCCCAGCUCUCGUUCCACGGGCACCGCGACGCCGUCACAUUCUUCGUGGCCGUGCCCGGCGCGGCGGAGUCGCCCUCGCGCUCGCCCGACUCGCGCCGCGGCCCGCCCAUGCUCGUCAUAUCGGGCGGGGAGGGCUACAUCGAUUUUAGAAUAGCCGACUCAGAAAUGGAGGACAGCGUGGUGGUGGCCGAGGACGGGUCCUCAAGCGGGCACAGCUCCCUGGCGGAGCGGGCAUCGAAGAGCCACCUCAUCGUGUGGCAGGUGGCCACCGCCUAACGCACGCCACGCCGGCGGCUCGCGUCCGAUGACUUCGUCUACGUGUGCACCACCGCUAAACCGGCGACGCUCAUCAUGUGAAUAGGUUCAACUGUUGUACGCACCUGACUGUUCGACUACAUGUGUACAAUUUUGAAUUUUAGUCUGAUGGAAGUAAAGGUGAAAACGCAUUGAGACGUAGCGACACGAAGGUUGAGUUGGUAAUAGACUUACGUAAAAAAAUAAUCUUGACGUUACGACUUCUGCGUUUGCAACUUAAGUUUCAAAAUGUAUGCAUUAGAGUACACUUGUUACAACAUGAAACUGAGCUCCAAAUGACGUACUGCUCGUAGCAGGGACUGUAUCCCGAGCUUAGAUUUCGUGUUGCAGCUAGUGUACCGACUGUCAGGUGUGAACGCUUAGGCUGAGUGUAUAUGGUCCAUAUAACAAUUUUAAAUAAGUACUGUGGUGGCAGCAUGGUCCCAUUUUUAUCACUUGUCACUAUGCCCGUCACUUUCGCGCUUACAUACUUGUUAGAACGUGACAGGCAUGGUGACAAAUGAUAAAGGGCCGACCAUCUUAGCCAUCAUCGAUAGUUCAUUCGUCCUACUGUUUACUAAGUGAUAGCGAUUAUUUACUUACCGAGUUUGAAUUCUUCCUGUAGCGAGAAAUUUGUCACUACUUUGAAAAAGGCUUGCCUUUAUAAUAAAAUUAAUAAAAUAAUUAUCUUUUGAGGCUGAUUUUCGCUGUGGUUUUACUUAAACAAGUCUGAGAUAAGAGCUAUUUUAAAGUAGUGUAAAUUAUACUUAAUUUUUAUACUCAUUUUAACGGCACGAAGAACACAAUUUGACUUGAAUUCGUUUUGUUUCUUAGUAAGGUAGUGACGGGACGUGAGUACUCUACUAAUUUUAUUUGGAACGUAUACACUGGUCUAGGCGUAGUUCUUUUAUAUGGCGUUUGCUAACCACAUGCAUUCGCCGUAUGAAAGGGCGAGCUCAACGUUGAUUACACCGAAGGUGGAUUUUUAGGAAAGGUUCAGUAUUAUCUAAAUUAAUUAAACAUUUGAUCGCAUACAUCUAAAUUAGGGAUUGAUUUGAAUUUAGAUUGUUGGUCCAUCGAAAUCCAUUUUUCCUAUUCACAUUUUGCCGGUCUCAUAGGGAAAGUGCUGUAUAGAAACGAUGCAACAAUACACUCGUGCCUGAAAAGUUAAAGUUCAAAGUUCAAAUUUGCCUUUAAGUGUGAUAUCAAGCAUGUUUCCUCAUGAGACCCGCCGACUCACGUGUGUUAGGGCUUUAGUGCAUUAAACAUUGCCGAUCCAUAAUGAACCCUACAUAGAGGUUGUUUAAGGUUGACAUUGUAGCUGAAGCCCCUCGUCCUUCACGUUAGAAUAUUCGGAUAGAAGCAGUGCACGGCCAUGGACUCAUACGAGUAUAUCAAUGUGCUUAUUAUUUUGCUGUCUAUCUACUUAGCGCUUCGAUUCACGAUUUUGUAAUUGCUCAUAUCAAUGUACGCGUUCACGUUUACCUUGUAAGUGUUGUAUAUCGGUACCGACGCUGAUGUCUCGAUCUCAUUUCAUUUCAGAACUAACUCAUAUUUAAGUCUUUCAAUCAUUUAAUAAUUGUCUUAUUGAACUCUGUGUGUUUACUUAUCGCGGCAGCGAGUUAAAUAUACUUUUCAAUAAUGUGCGAAUUGUCGAAUAAUCCUUUCCGAUCGUAUUUUCUCGGAAACGCUCGUAUUUUUCUUGUUACUUUAUUCAGCCUCAGUACAAAAAGUACAGAGGCUGAAAAAUAUUCAAUACAUGGUAAGCGAUUGCAUACGACGUGAGAUGUGCACAUUGGUACUUUUGUACCGGUAUACAAUUCUUUGGCUGGCAACGCGGGGUACGUUUGGGCGUUUAGAUAUUUAACAAUAAAUAACAUGUUACACGCUCAAAACAAUAAACUCAGUCACUCUUCACUAUUUUACGAAAUCUUAUAACAUAUAUUGUUAAAUAUCUAAGGGCGCCUAGUGUGAAUGUGCAACAUUCUCAUAAAAAAGUAUCUCACAUCAUAACUCGUACACUAAUCGUGUAAUAUUCGUAUAUAAUUAGUAAACAAACAGGAAACCUUAUCCGCUGAUCCUGCCACGUCUAGCAUACAUAUUCAAAACAAUGUAUGUCAGAAUAAGUUUUCUUAUGCACAUAUGGUAUACAGAGUGUAACAAAAAUAGUUGGGAUCUAUAUAAUGGCAUAUUCGAUUCGGUAUCGUGUUCUGAGCCUACUCAGAAAAAAAAAGUAGAAGAAUCUUGUACAUACUAACCGCGGUACCGUCGACGUGAGGUAUAUUUUUGUGAGAGUCGUUACAAUCGAACGGACUCGCUAUCGAUUAAGCGUAAUCUAAUCUCAUCUAGGAAUAAUGUACAAGAUAUAACCACCAAAUAAUUCAUUUUAGUAGUGUUAUAUAGUUAUUAGCAUAGAUAUUGGAGAUUUUUUAUAAUAAUAACUAAGUAUAUACAUUAUUAUCUAAGGACUCUGAAUGCUAACCAUACGGGCUGUGUUUAUGUCAUCUGCAUCACAAUAUUUUUUAGGUAUUUUUACGUUACGUGUGAUAAAAAGGUGAUGAGGCGGUGUUAUACCUACUUACGACUCGUAGAUAGAUCGCUGUUAAGUUUUUAUUUAUUUGAGGAAUGUACGGCGAGACUACCCAGAGGUACCAUUACCAGAGAUAGAAGAUCAAAUGCAUACAAAUCUUCAGUCAAUCAUACACUAAAGGCAAAGAUUUAUUCAUUGUACUCGAGAUGGCGCUGUACGGCUUAGUAGUUGGUUGUCAAUAAUUUACGUUUGACAAUUCAGUGACCAUAAAUUAUACGGCGCAGUACAGCGUCAUCUGUCUCGGCUGUCAGACUAGGUGACACGUUUCUUAGACUAUAUUGCUCUUUUACAAUCAAUAACACUUUGAUAAUGCUAAACUAGAUAGCGCUGCAUAGCGCCAUGCAUUUGAGUUUGAAAGUCAAGCGUUAUUGGCCGCUCCAGCGCCAUCUAGUUUUCUUGUCAUAACGACACUAGAUAUUUUGUUCAUCUCAUUUCCGGAGGUAUAUAAUUUUAAAGGAUAGUCUAUACUAUAUGGAAUUUUAGCCCUAGUAAUUGAGACCUCUGAGUGUAGUCUGAUUAUGCGAACUGACUCUUUUGUUAGCGUAAACAUAUUAAGAGUAUGUUUGCUGUAUAGUCAUCUUGGGCAUUUCUCAGCGACAUCACUAUAUUGACGCUGAAAAUUGAUCCAAAUAUAGAUAUGUCAUACAAACCAAAAGCAAUAGUACACAGACUUUUCUGUGUUCCCGUAGAUGUAUUAUGUACCAGAGAGUAAUGGGUUCUAACAGAGAUAUAAAUUCGUGCUGUGAAAAUAUCUCUUCCGCUAGAUAGUGUCUUAUUCGAGGCAUUUCCUAUAUGUUGAAUUGCUUUCUUUUGGAGACUCGAGUGGAAUGCCAUCUAGUAAUUAGUAUUUUGAGGCAGGAUUUUUACUCUAUUAAGACUACUCGCUUAUAGAGACAAAGUAUUUAUUGAACUCCGAGAUAGCAAUAUUUUUGACAAAUGAGCAUAGAUGAAAUGUUAUAAAAGCGGUUAAAUAUUGGAUGAACGUUAUUGCAGCUGUCGCGGACGGCGUUAUAGUACCUUAUCCAAUCUAUCAAAUAUAUGUACUCCAUUAUAUAAAAUACUUAAAUUUGGUAAUAUGACAAAGUACUAAAUUUCAAUGCGUUUACCUUGAAUAAUAUUCUUGUUGGCAAUCUGUAACACACUAUUUAAUAUUCAUUACCCUCCCAUCCCUCCCAAACCCACCCUCCCAAACUGGAUGUUUAUUCGGAAUGUCUAUCUUCUAACCGCCAAGACUAGUUGUCGUAGUUUCUUAGACCACACUUUUUGUAUUUAGUUUAGGAUACAUCAAAGAUUGUACCGACGGAUUAGAACUUGAAUAAACUUAUUCAAAAUACAAUGGAAUGAUAGGCCUUUUUAUAGGUCUCUGGGCGGCUAGAGAAUAGACGUUGAUUUUUUUGCCGAAUUUGUUCUCCAUUAGUUAACUAUGGAAAUUUCCAUGGCUCAGAACUAUUCUUUGAUUGAUACCGCUAAAACCUUCGAGCAACACCGGCUUCCGACACGUCGGAAGGGGGGAGUCCAAGCGACAUCUUACCGUACAAAUCGUCCUGCCAUUUGUUGCGGGGGGGGGAGGGGGGGCACAGUCGCACUUCUACAUACAAAAUACAAUCUGUGAUGACGACAUAAAUACAUAGAAAAUGACCGGGCAUGUGCUUCGGCAGAAGGGAAAUAGUGCGAAUGCCGACUCCCUUCCCGGUGUUGCUGGAAGGCUAAAACAUUUUUAGAUGUCUGUGCUAGAAGCUAAAGUCGAUUAGGUACUUUGUUUUUUCCACAGUAACUAAAAAUACAGGAUUACCUUCCAAGUUUACUGAAAUUGCUAGGAAAUUAUAUACAUAUAUCCACUAUGUUCACACUAUACAGGGUGGAUAUUUAAACGAGGCAACGAGGGAAGCUAUCUGUUCCCGUGCUGCUUGCUACGCGAACUGACUUUUCUAAUAUUUUAACCUAGGUUGGUCCCAAGAUGAUUUGUGCCUAGAUAUAAUUGUUGAUAAAAUGAUAUUUUUGUGGCUGACUGUACUUUUUCCAAAGUUUGUACAUGCCAAUCGUCAUUAGUUAAAAAGUUAGGGAAAAUCUAAAAUCAUUAGUGCGUAGCAAUACGUUAAAUGCCUCUUUUGAGAAAUCCACCCUGCAUACUGAGAAUUAUGUACUUCGAUAUGAUUAAUUUAUGAUAUUUUCUUUUAUGGUGCAACAAUAUUAUUAAGAAGUCUAGGUUAUUUGUUAUCUUUUUUUAACAAUUACUUUGAUCUAUCAUCUCAUUGUGAGCCCUUAUGUUUCGCCUCCGAUGUCUUUAACACUGUUCAUUUCGUAACUUUAUUUUCAGAUGUAUAUUUGAACACGUCAAAUUUGUUAAGUUAAAUAUUAGAAUAAUUUAUUUAUAGUAGUCUUAUGGUUAGUUUUUUAAGUGUUACAGAGGGAGUUGGUUUUUUGGCGAAAUAUGCGUGCUGGUUUUCGGUUUCACAAACAUGUCUGUGAAUAGAAUGCGAUUCAUUUUAAUGUGUAGCUAUGUAGUGAUAUUAUUUAUUCGAUAUUUUUAUAACCAGGUUUUGUACAUUGAUAUAUCAAAUCAAAAAUAAAUAUUAGGUCAAGCUAUUUAUAACAACGACAGUUUUGCGGAACGUAAGCGCAUUGACAGGUUUCAAGUCCUGGUGAUUAAAUGCUGCCAUCUAGUUCCCAGGAUAUGUUACGGUAUCCAGCUGCCACCUAUAUAAUGUCACUUUAAAAAACUUAUAACUUAAAACCAAUUUCCCUUAAAACCAAUUCCUGCUGUAAAUGCUAGUCAAAAUAAACAACUUAGUGAUGUUAGCUAGGCUUACAUUGUUUUGCUGGUUAGCAAAAAUAUGAAUACCUUUAUACAGCUGCCUUUUGUACUGGACGGUGUUUUGGUAAAGUUACGUCAGAUAAAAUGUGUAUUAGAAACUAUUUGUGCGCAACUGCGAAAGCGGUGUAUUUAUAAGUGUUUAAAUCCUCUAAAGGUGCACUUAUUGCCAUUUGCUCAGUUAAUAGUGGACUUUGACGAUUUCGGUGUACAUCGGCACAUAAUUUUUUUUUUUUUUAAAUUAUUUACACAUUUUAUUCUGACGUUUAUUCUGGUUCCAUAUUAUGCUAUUAUAAUAGAUAUUUUUUAUGGGCAUUGGAUCUGUACAAACACGUACCUGGCUUGAUUAUGAUGACUGAGAGACCGUGGAGGUUCUCUGCAGUAGUAAUACAAAAUAUGUAUAAAACGCUUAUACGUUAACUGCUCUGCCAGAAUAGAAAUAGUAGUACUACAGAAAUAAAACUUUAAUACCGCUUUAAUACGGCUGUAAAAAAUGCAGCCUUUUUGCUUCCGUCCUUUACUUGCAUGUCCCAUUUUUGUAACAAUAUUACUUUCUGUAGCGGCGUCACAUGUUUAAGGUAUAAUCUAGUGAGCGUUACUUAUAAUAGUUAUUCAAAUAUGGAACUAGAAUGGCGAGAGCUCGUGGCAAAUGUUAGACUCGUGCUGAGCGCUGUAACUUAACUGAUACAAUGACAGCCUUGUGUACAUAAGCCUUCUGUAGAUAACCGCAUUGUAUUUGAAUUUUUUUAUUUACCUAUUAUUGUUUGUACUUAGUCUUAUAGUGAAUGAAUUACUUACCAUGUAAAGCUGUGUACACAUUUCUAAUUAUAAAUUCGUUUGUAUUGAUUAUUAAUUUUAUAACCAUGUAUGAAUUGCAGUGAGGCCGAAUGUUAAUUAGAAUUGAAAAUAUUGGAAAUUGACUAUUACAAAUUGAACCGUAAACUGUGACCGUCCGUUACGAUUAACGGUUCAAUUUGUGUUGGUAAAUUUCUAAUUCUGAUUAACGUUCGGCCAACACUGGCGAAUUGUCUCAUGAAUUAUUCACUUCUCAGUUUAAGUGACCGCCAAAUAACUUGUGUGGAAAGCUUUAUAUAUUGUUAAAUGAUUUAUACUACUCCUCAAUUUUACAAAUCAUUUUAUUUCAAUUACAAAUGAUUUAAAAGUUUGAUUUUAUUAAAUAUAUUUAUUUUUUUAUACAAAGCACCUGUGUCUUGAAAGGGUUAUUUUUAUUUAUUUGACCGUUAAAAGUGUAAUAUAAUUUUACACACGGAUACAUACAUUAUUUAUAAUUAGUGUUUAACGUUUUUCUUGUUUGUAAUAAAUAUGCAAUCAAAUAAAGGAAUGCUGAGAAA